UAGUGACCAAAAGCUCCAAAAUGCACAUUAAGGCCGCAAAAAGGUAAUCCAUACGACUCCAGCGGUUUAAUCAAUGUCUUCUGAAGCGAUCCAGUUGAUUUUGGGUGAGAACAGACCAAAAUGUAACUCCUUUUUCACUGUACAUCUUGGCAUUGCUGUCUCUAGGCACGAUCAUGAUUUCGAUUACACUUCCUAGUGCUUGACGCAUGCGCAGAGCGCUAGAUGACGCUAAAGGAAGUGUAAUCGAGCUUGAAAUCAUGCUUCCAAGGAAGGAGAUUGCUGAUGUCAAUAUUUAUUGAGAAAGGAGUUAUAUUUGGUCUGUUCUCACCCAAAACUGAUUAAGUUGCUUCAGACGACAUGGACUUUUAUGUGGCCUUAAUGUACUUUUUGGAGCUUCGAAGUUCUGGCCAACAUUCACUUGCAUCGUGUGGACCUACAGAGCUGAGAUAUUCUUCUAAAAAUCUUCUUUGUGUUUGUGUUCUGCAGAAGAAAGUCAUACAUAUCCAGGAUGGCAUGAGGGAGAGUAAAUGAUGAGAGAAUUUAAAUUGUUGGGUGAACUAAUCACUUUAAAAUUAAUUAAUUUGAUUGCAUAGAUAACAUAAUAGCAAACUGAGCUGUAUCUGCUAACAAAUGAUGCUAGACCUUUUCUAGAACUAAGUUAAAUUUUCAUUCACAAGACAUUUGUAAAAUUACUUUUAACUGUCUGGUCCCAAAGUGAAGUCAGUUUCCCUCAAACUCACACUAGUGUUAUAGCACAGUUCAGCACAUUAACUAUUGGCAUGUUCCACUAAUAUUUGACAACCAGAAUGUUUCAGGUGUGAAAACAGAACCCAGUCGCUGACAGCUGUGAAGAUUCUUUAUUGAAAAAGAAACAACCAAAAUACAACACAAAACUGGGUACAGAAAAUAAAAUGUAGCUAAGACUACAGCUAACAGCAAAUCAGAACAAAAGCCAAAAACAGAGAACAGACUUUCCAAAAACAAACUUCACAGUCUUCAUUUUGAACACUACAGUAUAUCUAUAGUUUUAGACUUCUUUUUGUGAAAAACUUUGCCUUUGCUAUCUGUCUUUAAAUGCCAAAAAGUGUUCAAAUACUUUUUGAGGCCACUGUAUCUCUAAGUAUUUUAUGUUUAUGCUUAUUUUUAUGAUUUGUCAAUCCAUGUAAUCCUAAUUUGCCUUUCGCAAUCCAUUUUAAUCCUCUAUUUUUUUUUUCUUUCCACCUAAAAUGUUUACCUCUCUUUCGCUCUCAGUGCUGUGGAGGUGGGCACAGAGAUGCUGGAGCUGGACUGUCACUUGACAAAAGAUGGACAUGUGAUUGUGUCACAUGAUGAGAACCUCCUGCGGCAGACUGGGCACGAUGUCACCAUCUCCUCCUUAAACCUGGAGGAGUUGCCAUCUUAUAAAGAGACACUUGAGGUCAACUUCAAGACAGGGCACUACAGCACUGGGACAGACAGAAACUUUGCAUUAUUAGAGGAUGUGUUCCGCAAAUUUCCUCACACAGCUGUGAACAUUGAAGUGAAAGAGGAUAACAGUGCACUGAUUGAAAAGAUGUCUGAUCUUCCAAAGAAAUACAACAGAGAGGGCAUCUCAGUUUGGGCCUCGGAGGAAUCCACCAUCAUGGCUAGUUGCUGCAAAAUGAACUCCUCCAUGCCCUAUAUGUUCACAGUAAAGCAGGGUUUACUGCUGCUUCUCCUGUACUACACUGGCCUUCUGCCAUUUGUUCCACUGGGAGAAAGUUUCCUGCAGUUCUAUCUACCACACAUCUUCAACAGAGCAUACAUACCAGACUCAUGGAUUCUGAGGAACAGUUUGGUCAUCUAUUUACUUGAAAGACUGACUUUGAGGAAAGGGAUGUUCAAGCACCUUAAAGACAGAGGAAUUCAGGUUUGUGGCCAUGCUGUGUCAUGUCCUGUCCUGGUAAUAUUAAGAAAAAGGAUACUGCAUUGAGCAACGUUCACAUUGGUUAUGCAGAGUGCACUUAGGGUGUGUUCACACUUGGCAGAUUUGGUUAGAUUAAAAUGAAGUCUGGUGCGAUUGCUCUGUUAGUGCGGUUCAUUUGAACAAGUAUGAACGCUGCCAUCCGAACAUUGAUGUGCACCAAACAAGCGUACCGAGACCCCCUGAAUAGUGGGUCUCGGUCCGCUUCCAAACGAACUCUGGUGCGGUUCGACCAAAGACGUCUAAAUGGACCAAUAACAGGAUGUGAUGUCACAAGAUGUGACCCUAAAAAUCACGUGAUUUGAUAACAUAGAAAGAGCAGUAAGAGCGGUGUACGCAAUAUAAAAUGAGCAGAGGGCAAACAUGGAGCAAUGAACAGGUAAAGUUCCUUAUUAACAUUUGGCCCGACGAGCAUAUUUCCAGUAUGCUGGAAAAAAAUGCAUUUAUUGUCAACAAUGCCACUAUUUGCUUGUCAGCAAUGUAUCGAGCAUAGUUUGGAACUUGGCUUACUGCAUGCCUCAUGUGACAUUAUGUAUGAGUGAGAAAAUGUAAAGAAAUAAAUGGAACUCACUGUUAAGGGUGUUUUAUUUUCUCCCUACUGUAGUAGCCCGCAAUAUUGCAUGGUACGUUCAAGUCUUCCUGGGAAGUUCACGCUUACGAGGUCGUAAAUCGUAAAUACAAUGUGAUUUUAGUUGGAAAGGACUAGCCCGUUUUGUAAUUUCAUAUUUCUGUCUCUCUUUUUCGCAUACUAAUGUAGGCAGAAAGCUUUUUAGCACCAAUGCAACAAAAUGAAGAGCAAAGCCAUGCAUUAGGUGUGUAAUUAAUGCUUUAUCUCAGGCCUGGUUCCACGGGGGGCCUGAGUGAGCCUGGCCCACCAAUCAUGGCAACCACACCCCCACCCACCCCUCCAACUGUUUGGCCCACCUGGAGGGUCCUAUAUGCCCCACCUUACAUCUUAGAACUGGAGCCGGGCCUGCUUUAUCUAACUAUUUUAUUAUACUUGUACAACCACAUGUAAUGAUGGGAAAUGUAUUUUUGUUUCAAACACUUGUUGCUGCAUAAACAUGCAAAAUGAGUCUUAUUUUCUGACAAGUUUUAUCACUAUUCUGUAUUAACUGUACAAAAAAUGUAUGCAAACUUAACAACAGUCAAUAUCCUCAAGUAAAACUGAACUGAGCUCCUUGACUUGAAUGCACCAAUAAACCUUAUUCACAGUCAGUGCUGGGUAGGUUACUUCUGAACUGUAUUCUCGUCCUUAUUAUAAAUUACAUGUCUAAAGUUGUAGUCAGUAAUGUAAUAUCUUGGAUUAAAUUUUUAAGGCAAUCUAAUCGGAUUGCUUUUGGAUUACUUCUGACCUAAUUCUUGUUUAUUUGAUGUCACAUGUAUUUGAGUAGGAUUUGACAUAAAGUUGCUUAAAAGCAUUAACAUUUAAUGGAUCAAAAUAUCAGAAUUGAAAUGAUUUUUAUUUUUAUGUGUGUGUUUUACUCGCUAUUUGGCUGUAUCUGAGUGAAAUAAACAAAGGAAUUAAAUGUUCUUACUCCAGCAAUUUUGGCACUGCAAACACCAUCCAUGUGUGGUAACACAACAGACCAGUUAUAUUUGUGAAUCCUUGUCACACAAAAAAAUAAAAUAAAACAGUCUCAAAG